AUGGGGCUAAUUAAUAAACUGCGAGAGCGCCUGGCUUCGGCGUCAAAGCUAACCCAGACGCCGUCGUCAAACUCAAAGACCACGAGGCCCUGGAUUACCCCCGGGAAAACCACGACAGCCGAAACAAACGUUGAAAGACCACUCAUCUCAAAGAAUAGGGAACAUCCAGCACUCGAGGAGGAUCACAAGUAUCUCGAACCAUCAUCUCUACUAACUGAUCUGACCACACAAAAUGGGCCCGAUACUCCUCGCGACUCGCGUUCUCUUUGGAAGCAAGCAUACGACAAGCUUCGGGAGGAAGAAAGUGGCCUUGUGUUGGACUUUCAGACACUCGCAGCUCAAGAAGUUCAGCGACAAAAUCAGCCACCAAGAUUGCUGGGAGAUCCGGCGCAAGACCAAGAUCCGACACACCACGAUGUCCAAAGGCUGUGCCAAGAUGGCAAGCAACGGAUGGAAGAUGCAGAGAUUAGGUUCAAACUCAGGAACAAGGAUCAUAAAGUCGGUGAAAUAUUCGACAAGGGCAUUCGCGUUAUAGCCUGGGGUAAAGAUCUGGUGUCCACAGCGCUGGGCAAGACGGCGUCUUUCGAAGUCUCCAUUGUUUGGGCUGCCACCAUCUUGGUCCUUCCCUUGCUGGAGAACGUCCAGAAGGCUAAAGAAAUGAAUGACAGCGGCUUCAUCUACGUCACUGGGACUCUGAAGUACUUCCUGGCUCUUGAGCCAGAGUUUCGGAAAAGCCACGGUUCGUGCUCACAAGAGCUCGUUGAUGCUGCCGAAGAGAGCAUCGUAGAGCUGUACAAAGCCAUACUCUCCUUUCAGCUCCUGUCAGCCUUACGGUUCAAUCGGCGCAAGCUGAAGAAUAAGUUCAGAGAUGCUUUCGACUAUGACGGCUGGGAAACCAUGCUGCAGAGGGUGAAGGACGGCGAAACGUUCCAUAAUCAUGCAGAAUCCACGCGUGAAAUGGCUGCUACUUUACAGCGCCUUGAGUCACGAGCACUGUCCCUGGAAGAACAGGAGCACCUCCAGGUCUUGCGGCCCCAUGACAAUUCUCAAGAUCUGUCAUACGAAAGCGCAAAAGAACGCACCGAGAACAGAGUUCCAGGAACAUGCAACUGGCUUCUUGAGGAGGAGAAAUAUCAAGACUGGCUGCGGAAGGCUCAUGGGCUAUUGAUGGUUUCAGCAGACCCCGGCUGCGGCAAGUCUGUUCUGGCCAAGCACCUCAUCGACGAGCGACUUCUUGAAGACGCCUACGAGGCAACAAUUUGCUACUUCUUUUUCAAGGAGGACGAUCAGGACAGACUCCCUCUGGCACUGUGUGCUCUACUGCAUCAGCUGCUAAGUCGGAAGCCCAGUUUAAUAAAGAGGCACCUGGCGCACGAGCACGCGAAGAAUGGCAAUAGCCUACAGAACAACACAACUGUGCUCUGGAGUAUCUUGGAGGCUAGCCUCAGAGAUUCGGAUACAGGUCCAGUUAUUAUUGUUCUGGACGGACUGGACGAAUGCCGACAGGCAGACUUUCAAGUACUGGCUAGGAGCGUCAACCACCUACUCGCCGCUAAGAAACAUUCUCACGCCACCACUCGAUGGCUCUUCACCACCCGUCCAUAUCAGAACAUCACAAACACGAUUGUGGCACCUUGUAUCCGCGUGUUUGGUGAAGAGAAGUCGACCACCAUUCGGCAAGAAGUCAAGAUGGUGAUUCAGUACAAGGUCCGCGAUCCCAAACUUCAGAGAAUCAUACCCAAAACACUGCUCUCGCGACUUGAGGAGAGGCUCCUCAGUGUCGAGAACCCAACAUAUCUUUGGGCUGCAUUGACGUUCAGCUUUGUCGAGACUAGUCACUUCAAAAAGACUAUCAAGGGCUUGGAAGAUGCGAUUGAGAAUCUACCGCGCAGCAUCAAUGACGCCUACUCAAAGAUCCUGAGUCGAACUGAUGAAAGCUUACAGCCAAUCAUACGAAAAGCCUUCACCAUUAUCUUGGGAGCAGCAGCUCCUUUGACGAUAGCAGAGAUGAAUGUUGCUAUGAACCUGGACGAAGGCGUCAACAACCUUGACGAUUUGGACAUGGAGGACGAACAAGCGUUCAAGAGAAGCUUGAGGGAGAUAAGUGGGCUUUUUAUCAUCACACACAACGAUCGUGUCUAUUUUCUACACCAGACGGUGCGGGAGUUCUUCCAAUGUUCGGAUACCAAAAUGCCGACGGCCAACCUUUCCACGCAGUGGCAACACUCAUUCAGUCCCAAAUUGUCCAAUAGCUUCAUGGCACGCAUUUGUCUUCGGUAUAAUUGGCUAUAUAAUAACGAUCCACAUCUCCCUAGCUAUGAGAUUAACGGAUAUCAUGUCUCGAAACAUUUGGUAUGCCAAACUGUCUAUAAGAUGACUGGCUACAGAGUGGGGGACACAAUUCAAGACGUUGAUGACUGGAUAGAAAAGACACCCUCACAUGGCUUUCCAUCGCUAUGCAAUCACCAACACAACAAAACACUUGGAAGGAAACUUUGGCGAGGACGACUUGGAUCUCAUCUUGGUAGGGGUUGUGCGUCUCCUAGUCACUCAGCCGCAGGUCAACAUCGAAUGCUGCAAUGGGCACGGCCGCACGGCGCUCUGUUUGGCUGGAACAGCUCGCAUGCGACGGUUACUGCUCAAGAGUGGUGCAAAUCCUCACCCCCCUACGGGCAACGUGAUCGCACUGCCGAUAUGGUAUGCUGUUCGACGCGGCAAAUUUGGCUACUUGGACUAUCUACUUUCAAAGGCGAAAAGUCCGGCUGCGAAGCACGACAUGUUGAAGAUCGUGCUCGAAACGGCGCUCUCGGAUUACCCACGACAGCGCGGCAUGGCAUUGGGCUCAAUACAUUGGGGCGCCGACGUCAACGCUCUCAAUAA